AAUCAUUACAAGAGGAGUUGUCUGAAGCUGUUAAAUCAAAGGUAGAUCAAUUUAUAUUUAUUUAGUUUUAACACAUUAAUUUUGAAUAAUGUGUUCGCUUUCUUUUUAUUUUUAUUAGUAAAAAAAGAAUAUUUCAAUUUAUAUUUUACUCUUAAAAACAACCAUCAACAUAAUAUAAAUGUGCUAUUUUUGUAUUAAUAAAUGAAACUCAUAACUCGUUCAUUACAGUUAGAAGUGCUGUAUUGUUUGAGCGCUUGGGAUAAAUCUGUUUCUUUAACUAUUUCAGAAUAAUGGAACUGGGCUUUUGAGCCCGAAAUCUAAUCCCUUUCGAAGCAAGUCACUUCACCACUUGGACCUUAGACCGGCCAGUGCACCACCGAGUCCUUCAGAGCCAGGUAAAAUUCAACACAGAGGUCAAUAUGGAGGCUUGUUCUUUAAUUGUAAGUACAGAUUCCCAGACCAGCCGGUAGGCUUGACCUGUAGAACAGAACCCAUCUUUUGUUGGCUGCACUCAAGUAGACCUGCUUCAAGUUAGUUCCCUUUACCCACCUGACUUAGUGUAUUUAUGGCUCACUUCAGUAGAUCACAAAGAGCACUUAGUAGCAACAAAUUUGGGAUAACAGAAUUUUAACAAUGUUAGAUGUACUUUAAAUUAUUUAAUUUUGCCACAUUUAAUUUGGCCUAGAUAUUAAUUGAGAGAUGGUUGUAGUUUGACAGAAAGGUUUUAUGAGCACUCAGCACUCAACUAAUUCUUAUUUAAGAUCUACUGCACAUUUUUCCUCUGUCACUAAUUGACCUCAGAGAGUUGAGAUUUAGUGUUAUCAAAGGCACCUACUAAUAACAAAACUGCACUUCUUAAGAUAAUGCUGUAGGGCACACCAUCCAAUACUUAAGUCAUCUGUAAAAUAGGAUCACUCCAUGUCUUUCUUUAACCCACUGCUUUAUUAUAUGAAAUAGCAGAUAGAUGGGAAAAAAAAUUGCAUAAAAAUUAUUGACAUUCAGAUAUCAAGGUAAAUGUUAGAUAUAUAACCAAAAUAAAAACUUGAUUUAUCAUGGAUAGAUUCUGAUAAAUUAUGAGCUUAUUUCAAACUAAAGACACUGAUUGGGAAAUAGCCAGAAACAGUAGAAUAUUCUGAAAGUUAGACAUGGUCAUAAUAACGUGAUCAUGAAAGCCAUGGAAGGGAGGUAAGUAGUAUAUUAAAUAGUUUAGCUGUUUGAAUCCCUGCUUUAAGUAUUCAGCAUUUGAAUAAAGAAAAAUAAUAUUCUCAUAUUUUGCUUUUGUAUACAGUUAUGAUUUAGUCUCUUAAUAGUUGUUUUGGAAAGAGACAUGACAAAUGAUGGGAAAUAAAAACUUGAUCUGUAAAUGGUGAUAGUUUUAUAAUUAUUUAAAUCUGUUACACAUUUUAAGAUCACUCCUAAGUAUAUUAUUAUUUUUUUUUAAAAUGACAUUUUAAUUAGGUUACCUUAAGGUAGUGGCCUCUAACUGGUGCUCAGUGGAGCCCUCAGGGCUCUGUGGAGACUUCUCAGAGGCUCUGUAGGCACUUCUCAGGGUCUCCGUAGCCACAGAAGGAAAUAAAAAAUGAAUUGAAUGUAAUGAUAAGAAACAAAAAACAGAGUCGAAUAACAACUGGAAAUUAAAUUUUGAACAUCUUGAAUGUAUGUCCAAGUGAUUUCUUGAAACGGAACUUUUGAGAAAUUUAUGUCCCUUGAGCAUUCCUGAAUCCACUUGAAGCUUCAGGAAACUAAGCAAAAAAUAUUUAGAGGCUGGCUAGUUGGUUUGAAGGCAGUUAAAAGUGAAUUGUCAUUGCAAUAAAAUUCUGAUUUUUGAGUGAUUCUUCCGCCAUUUAAAUGUGCUUUUAACCACUUUUUGAAGGUUAUCUUUGUCUUUGACCUUGUGAGUGUGAUUUGUGUAUCAAGAAUCAGAGUAAAAAAGUUCGCACAACAAAUCGAUGAAUCAACUGUUGUUGCUAGCUUGGUGGAUUUAGUUGACUUUCAUGUUUUUUUUUUCCUACAAAGCUGUCAGGAGGAUCUUCUUCUUUGCAGACCACUAACAACCAGAUCAACGAGGGUUGAAAUAAUCAAUCUUUUGGAUGGAUUCUUCUCAUCAAAUGAUUUUCCAUGGGAAAACUGUGCAGAUCUAUGUACAUUUAGUGAAAAUUGUGCAGAUCUAUGUACUGAUGGUGAAAAGGCAAUGAUGAGAACAAUAAACGAUUGUUAAAAUUAAAAAAAAAAUGCAAAGAAAUUUAGCAGCAGACAUUGUGUUCUUCUUAGACAGGUGCCAGCUGUGAGAAAAAUGCCUUCUGAGCAAAUGAUAGUGUUGAAUGAUGCCAUAAAAAAUAUAUAUACCUCUUGCAAGCAGGCUCUUCAAACUAAUGUGAAGCGAAGGAGCUUCGAUGACUGUAAAUGGGUACUGAAUGUGUUCUUUGUGAUUAAAAACAAAAGUUUGAACUCAGCAGAAUAUGAAGGCCUACGGUAUUAUAGAUCUGAUGUCGCACAUCAAAAUAAAAAAAAUCAUGUUCCAGAACCAAAGUGUGCCGGAAUAACGGAUGCAUUUACAAGAUGAAUUGAAAAUGUUGUCUGAGAAAGCAAAAUUAUUAUUGCUGCCUUUCGCCACUUCAUGUCUCUGUGGGAGCGGGAUCUCAGCCUGUCCAGCAAAUGAAAUGAAAUAAUAACCGGCUUAAAUGCAGAACCAAACAUUGGCCUGCACUUAUCAACAGUUUUAGCCUGAAAUAAUAAUACAAAAAACUGCAUAAAUAAACCGCAGGUCUCAUUAAACAGGCACCAUUAUGUUAUGUGAUGUUAUGUUAUUGUAUCUGAGGGGCUGCCCAGCGCCGACCCCCACCAUGGUGCCUUUCUUAAAUACUAUUAGCUUGUAAGGCAUAAGGUGGAUCUAAGGGGCUCCCCAUAGAAAUUGAUAUUUAAAGAGGGCUCUAAGGGAAUUAAUUUUUUUGUCUCUUACAUACAAACCUUGUUGUUCCCCUUUGGUGAGUGAAAAUAUUUAAGAACUUUUGACUGUAAUAUUUUUCACAACCUGGGAAGUAAUAAAGAGGUUCUUAGAAUUAGAGCAUUGAUGGUGUAUAUCUCAAAGCCCCUGUUAACAAGGGUAAACUGUAAUUACAAGUUUUAUAUGAUAUCAGGAACUAUACUUUAUGGAAGGAUCUAGUUCAGUGGUUCUCAACCUGAGGAGUUUUGACUUAUUCAGGAUUUGUCUGACAAUAUGCCAGGGAACUUCAUUAAUUUAAUUUCCUUUUUUUAAAUGUAAUUUUUACAUUAUUUGUAACCCCUUUUAUUUUAAAAUAUAAAUAUUUUGUAACUUUUAAUAGUUCUUUGUACAAUUCACAUACAAAAAAGAGUACAUUUAAAAAAAAAAUAGUUUUAACAAAAUUUAAAAUACAUUUCCGAAAGAAAAAAAAAUAUGUCCAAAUUGCUGUUUUGUGAAAUGAUUAUGUUUUAAUAACAAAAAUAAAAUGUGUGAACAAUGUUUUAAAACUAUUAGAUAUUGAUAAUUCAAUCACAGUCCGUACCCACCCCCUUAACUUCUUAGAAUCGUAAAAUAUUGUUCAGGGUAAAAUAUGUAUUUAUUUAUGUGCUGAAAAUGAAUAUGUACAAUGUAAUAAAAAUAUUUUCAUUUUUAUCUAUUUUAUGUUAAAUAUAUAUCAUUUAGUAAGUGAGAUUUCCUGUCUUUAAGAGAAUAUGUUAAUUUAGACCUUGAAGUUUUUACAAAAAAAUAUGUGUUCACAUAUCCAUGAUAGGAACAUAAUUCAUUUAUUUAAGUUUAGUUUGCAUUUUAAAAAAAAUCAAUUUUUUAAUAAAAAUUAGAAUGUUCUUACAAGCCUAACAUGUUAACAACAUUAGAUGACUUGUCAAUUUAGAAUUAGACCUUAAUUGUACUAUUCUGGCAUUUAGUUUAAGUUAUUGGGAUUUAUAUGCAAAUAUUUUCAGUUUAUACAAGUUCGUCAUGUAUACUCUGAAUCAUGCAGUCAUUUAAUCUUGGGUUAGAUACACAACUAUAAAGAUUUAGCCCACAUCAAAGUCUUGUGUUUAAAUGACUCAACAUUUCAAACAUUUUUUGUAUAUAUUAUUUGAUAUUAUUUUUUUGUUUCUUGCUCAUUAUUUAUUCAUCACUAAUGACAUUAUAGGAUUUUAUAAUCCAGAGCAAUUUUAGACCUUAUUUUACUACCAAUAAAGUUUUAAUUAUGCCUGGAAGAAUCAAGUUUUAAUCUAUAUUUCAUCAUAUUUUCUUAAAAGUGCCAGAUAAGCCAUCUUCAGAUGGAACCAACAGACUCCAGUCACUUAUCUCUAAAUACAGAAGUCACAACGAGUCAGAAGAAAGCAAGGCUGCACCACCGGUGGUGCCGCCUAAAAUCGUCUACAAGAACAGACUUGGCAUCACAGCUCCCAAAUCACCAUUGAAACAAGCCAGUGAGGAUCCACCCACUGAUCCACUGGUGCCACCAUCUAGCAAGGUGGCAGAAGCUCCAGCCAACUCCAACUUGUUGAGUGUCAAGCUCGGUAAAAAACUCCCUCCGGCUCCUUUUCCUAAGCCAGCAUCUCCUACCACCCUGGGAACAAAGUCGUCAUUCAUGCGCACAAUUUCUGGUGACGUCGCCAGUAAGGACACCUCACCAAAACCUACCUCAGCAUCCCCGCUGUUGUCCCUUAGACACUCUUUGCCAUUGACAAGCUCAUCGACAGCCAAAACUCUCAACAGUUCUGGACUUGGUCAGUCACUGGGCAGUGCAGAGGGUACCAGCGAUACCCAGGAGCAGAAAGAUAUCAACGCUUUGAUUCAGAAGUAA